AUGAAUUUCAAAAGUUUGGAUUUAUUUUCAACCCCUUUUCUUUUUUAUACUGAAAAUCAACACCUAAAAAAAGGAACUUAUUUAGGAUCUGCAUUAUCUAUUAUCGUAUUCGGCUUAGUUUUUUCGUACUUUGUUUAUUUAACUAACUAGUAUAUUAGCAAUUAGAUUGAUCCUAAGUUUAGAUCACAAAGUUUUAUUACAGAAGAACUUACCUCGAUCGAUUUGCAUGAAGAUUUAGUUGGAUUUAGGUUCGAAUACUAGGCUAGUAAGAGUAUAGACUAGCUUUAAGCUAUGCAGAAUAAAACUUAUUUAGUGUAUUAUGCAGUUUCUAGCUAUUCAAAUAAAGGUAACCUAAAUCUAACUACUUUAGAUAUAAUUGAAUGCAAAAAUCCCAGAUUAGCAGGAUACAAUUGUCUAGACUUUUCUAAUUUAUCUAAUUCUACAUUAUUUUUAAGUGCUAAGGAUAAUAUUCUCAAUUCUCUACUGAUUAUUGUUUAUGGAUGCUAUGACUUAGAUGAAAUAAAGACAGUAAUUCCUGAUAAUUGUGCUAGUUAAGAAGAAAUAAACAAUAUAAUUAACGGAAACAGUGCAGGAUUACGCUUAAAACUUUACACUUCUUAGUAUAAUACAACUUCUUUGUAGAAUUAAGUUAAUUUUAGACAUAUUUAUAUUCCAACUGUGACAAAUUCAUUUAUAAUGUAAACUCUCAACAUAUAAAAGUAAGAAACAUCAGUCACAUAAGGUUAUAUACUAUAAUCUAAGUCUUUUUAUUCUUCUCCUGUUUAGUACACACCUCAAAGCUAAAUCUUUAGCUAAAUUAAUGUUACUUAAAUAGAAGUAAUAUUAUAAAUGGACGAAAUCGUUCAAAGAGUAUCUGUAGAAUAUCCGUAUUUUCCAGAGAUAUUAGCUCUUGUAAAUAGCACUUUCGCUUUGCUUAUGACUCUAGGCGUAAUAGGUAGACAUUUUGCAUAAAAAUUAAUGUUGAAAGAAUUUCUCCUUCUUUACAUUUAGAAUAUGUACUAAGAUGUUUUUGAAUAGAUUCUACCAAAAGAAAAGCUUGUAGAUGUAUAAAAUACUCAAGGAUUGGAUACUUUAAAUUAAAUAUUUUAAGAAUAAAAAUUAGAUGAAAAAUAAGGUUUAGAAUCAGUUGCAAUUCCAACCAUCAAACCAAAAUUUAAAGAUAGUAUAGAAAAAAGCUAGACUAUAAAAUAAUAAGAUAUAAUAUUAAGCUUAAAUAGUAAAUGCAAAAAUAAUGAAAAGACACAAAACUCAGCUAAGCACACAUUAGAAUCUUCAAGUAUAGAAGAAUAUAAUUUUUCAGCUAAAGAAUAUGUUUCUUAAAAAAAUAAUUUUUCCUAAAAUAAAUUAAAAUAAUGUUAAGAUAUGAAUAGUAAACAAAUUCUUACUUAGUUUAAAGCAAAAAUAAAUUAAAGAUAAAAAUAUUCAAAUUAAAAAGACUUUGAACUUUUAAAUACAAACAACUUUUCCUCUCAAUCUUCUUUUUAGAACACUAAAAAUACCUCGAUUUUUGAUUAAAAUAAUAUUUUGUCCUUCGACUAAAUGAAUACUUUAAAAUUAUAACAAAAAAAUAAUUCUUUGCAAGAAAAAUAAAGUUUAUCAAAGUCGCAACAAACAUAAUUUCCAUUUAAAUUAGAAUAAAAAAAUGGCAUUUAAUACCUUAAAUAAACAAAUAACCAUUAAGCAAUUUAAAAAACUGAUUCAUAGAAUAAUUUAUCAAAAUAAAAUUUUCAUAGGAGCUCUUUUAAAACAUUUUAAAUGCCUUAAUUAGUAGAUUAUUUAACAAAAAAGCUGAAAGCAAUAUAAGAUAUUAAUAAACUAAAAUAGGUUUAUGAAAAGAUUUUUAGAAAUAGUAUAUCAAUUAAAUCAUUGCACCCGAAGCAAAUAUGGUUAAAAUUAUGUGGAAAAUAAAAAAUUGACAUUUUAGAAUAGGUCAAAAAUACUAUUUAAUAAUAAGUUAUUAAAAGCUUAAAUAUUUUUGAGUUGUACAAGGAUGUUAUUUUAUUGAAAAAAGCACUUAUGGUUCUUCUUAGUAAGGAUCAACUCGCAGCAGUAAGAUUAAUAGGCUAUUAAUAUGACAAUUGCAACCAACACGAUUUUUAAAACAAUUUGAUUUAUGAUGAUAAUCAAAAAAAAGAGAAAAAUUAUUUUGAAAAGCAAGUCAACAUUCUUAAUUCUGACAAAUUAUAAUAAAAAUAUUUGAAUAAAUUUUUAAAAAGACUUCAUAAUCAGACAGACAUAUCUGAAUUAGAUUUUAGGAUCAUCUAAUCAAUUAAUAAAAAUUAAUUAGUUUGA